ACUCCGAAUGAUUACGCCAUAAUUUGAUUGAGGAAAAGAACGCAAGUAUUUCAUUAUAGCUAUCUCCGCGCAUUCAGUUUUCAUGUUGGUUAUGAAGACACAUAUUUGCUAAAAAGCACCACUAUGAAAAUUGUUCUCUUUCUUGCUUUGGUUUACACCGUAAGAGCAGCUCCUACUGAAGAAGAUGCUGUCCAGGAAUUCACCGAUGGAAAUCACAGGUUCUCCGCGAAUCUUUACAAGGAACUAACCAAAGUGAAAAGCGGUAACAUGGUUAUGAGUCCUUUUUCUGCCCAAACUGUCUUGGCUUUGACUCACGAAGGAGCUAGAGGAGAAUCUGCCGAAGAAAUGGUAUCUGGUCUCUCAUUACCAUCCACUAACGAAAAGAUUCAACAAGCUUUCAAAUCAUUUCUGCCUAAACUCGCAUCUGCACAUAAAGACCUGAAAUUGUCGACAGCCAACAAGGUGUAUGUUGGACAAGGCGUCAAACUUGAAGAUGAAUUCAAGCAAGUUGCUGAAAACAUUUUUGAAUCAGGUGCUGAAACUGUCAACUUUGCUUCAAAUGUCGAGGCAGCAGCAAAAAUCAACAGUUGGGUAGAAGAUCGUACUGAAAGGAGGAUAAAAAAUCUCAUUGAUCCUGUGUCUAUCGGUGGUGACACCAAAAUGGUUUUAGUUAACACUCUGUAUCUUAAAGGUAGAUGGCAGAGUCCGUUCUAUCGCUACAGAACAGCGAAAAGGACUUUCCAUGUUUCAAAAGAUGAAACUGUUGAAGUUGACAUGAUGGGACAAACGGAGUACUUGAAGUACUAUGAAAAUUCUGCUCUCAAAGCUAAGUUUCUGGAGAUGUCUUAUUCAGGAGGAAAUGUAAGCAUGGUUUUCAUUCUACCAAAUGACAUAGAUGGUUUGCCUGCACUAGAACAGAACAUGGACGCCCUGCUAGCUCCUCAACCAUUCGAACUGAGAAGAGUGGAUGUAAAAAUUCCAAAAUUCAAAAUUGAAACAGAAAUCGAAAUGAUUCCAAUACUUGAAAAAUUGGGAAUCAAGAAAAUAUUUGAUGGAGAAAAGGCUGAUUUGUCUGGUUUAUCAUCGACGAAUAAACAUCUUGUGAUUUCCAAAGUUAUCCAAAAGGUUUACAUCGACGUUAAUGAGGAUGGCACUGAAGCAGCUGCUUCAACAGCAGGUAUUAUGCAUUUCUUGUCAAUGCCUCCACCUCCUUCAGCAGCCUUCGUGGCAGAUCAUCCCUUUGCUUUCUAUAUUCAGUCCAACGGAGUGAUCCUCUUCUCUGGUAGAAUAACAAAGUGAAGAAUAUAGCAGUAUUUCAUUUAUGAAUGAUAUUCCUGUUCUGUGAGUCUGAUGCAAAUAUUUCACUUGGUAGUACAAAUUUGUCAAUUUCAGUGAAAAUGAGUAUAUCUCUGAGAUUAAAAAAUUAAAUGAUAUUGAUUAA